CUUUGGUUCAAACUACUGAAUUAAUACGUUUUUAAUUUUGUUAUAACUAACACACUGAAAUGGUAAUUUCCGCAAAGGAUUACAGCGCGCAAGAAAAUUGGGUCGUUUUUUAUCCUACUUAUAUUAACAAUAAAAAAACAUUCCGUGAUGGGAGGAAAGUUUCGAAGAUCAAUUGUUGUGAAAAUCCGACUGUUCAGGAAAUAUAUGAUGUACUUCAAAAACAUCAGUUUGCUUGUGCCCUGGAGCCUAACAAAAGGCACCCGCGUGACUGGGACAACUUCGGAAGAGUCCGCGUGCAGCUUAAAAAUGAAAAUGGGACGCUACUUCAUAAGCACGUGAUCAGACGUCGGGAUCUCUAUUGUCUCGUGGGCAGGGAUAUUAGUAGACUGCGCGCCAAAAAGCCAUCGGAUAAUAAUAGUAGUAGGAAAGAAAAAAGUUUAAAUGGUUCAACCGAAUUGAAGGCCCCCCCACAAUCGAAAAAAGUUCAGAAGGGCAAAGGCAUGUGUUUUUAAGUUU